AAAAAUCUCUAGUGCGCAUCAGAAAGAAACUUCCAAUGGAUCCUCCUCUCUCAAAUCCCAACGUCGAAGAAGAACAACAACCCCAACCACAAGCUCCAAUCUCUCUCCCCGAAGUCCUUAUCGAAGCCCCUCUUCCCUCCGAACUCACCAAUUCAUCCCCCGCCGCAAUCGAAGAACCAAACAACCCCGAUUCAGAAAAACCAGAUCACAACCCACCCGGAUCCGACUUAAAACUCGAAUCCGACUCAGACGCCCCAACCGCCUCCUCCUCCGACAACCCUAAAUCCCCCAAAUCAGAAUCCGCCCCCGUCCAAAACGGCACCGUAUUAGAAGAAGACGAAGAUGACGAAGAAGAAGAAGACGAAGACGACGACGAAGAAGAAGAACCACCAACCAAGAAACAAAAACACCUCAAUUCCCUCACCGUCAAGGACGAGAACCAGCCACCACCACCACCACCACCAUCACCACCACAACCAUCAACAACAACAACUCCCCCGAUCGUAACCGCCGCCACAACAACAACAACCAAAAAAUCCAAAUCCAAGAAGAAGAACAACAACGUAUGGGUCACAAAGAGCACACGCAAAGGCAAAAAGAAGACCAAAAACAACAACACACCAAACUCAGCAUCCGUCGACGACAAAAUCCUCAUCACUCCCGUCCCCAGGUUCCCCGACAAGGGCGACGACACGCCUGAGUCCCUAAUCCGUCUCUCUCGAGUCUACAAGGCCGAGAAAGUGGAGGUGAGCGAGGACAGACUCACCGCGGGUAGUAGCAAAGGCUACAGGAUGGUGAGAGCCACGAGGGGUGUUGUGGAAGGGGCUUGGUAUUUUGAGAUUAGGGUUUUGAGUUUGGGCGAGACGGGGCAUACGAGGCUGGGUUGGUCUACUGAGAAAGGGGAUCUGCAGGCUCCGGUUGGGUAUGAUGGGAAUAGUUUUGGGUUUAGGGAUGUUGAUGGGUGUAAGAUACAUAAGGCUGUGAGAGGGGAGUAUGCUGAGGAAGGGUAUAAGGAAGGUGAUGUUAUUGGGUUUUAUAUUAAUUUGCCUGAUGGUGAGGCUUUUGCUCCUAAGGCUCCUCGUUAUGUGUGGUAUAAAGGGCAGAGAUAUGUUUGUGCUCCUGAUACUAAAGAGGAGCCUCCUAAAGUUGUGCCAGGUAGUGAAAUAUCGUUCUUCAAAAAUGGUGUAUGUCAGGGAGUUGCUUUCAAAGAUCUUUUUGGGGGUCGUUACUACCCUGCUGCUUCAAUGUACACUCUCCCUGACCAGCCAAAUUGUGUUGUGAGGUUCAAUUUUGGUCCUGAUUUCGAGUUUUAUCCUGAAGAUUUUGGUGACCGAGCAACCCCGAGACCCAUGUUAGAGGUUCCGUAUCAUGGAUUCAAUGGUAAACCUGAAGAUAAUGGUUCUGAUGAUAUGAAGAGUUAGGUAGAACAAGCAGGCGUGAUCUUAAUAUUUUUAACAUAGUUUUUAAAAUCUAGUCAUUGGUUCAGAUACGAUUUUACUAAGAGUAGCAAGUGAGCAAACGAGCAAAUGUGGUUGUACAUGUCUGCUUCUAUACGAUGGAAACUGGCAUUUUUCUUACUUUCAGAACUUGAUGUUGUUCUUUAUGGAUUAGCCAAUAUUUGUCAAAAGAAUUGAUUGUUCAUUUGUAUGUUUAAUUUUUCUUCAUAUGUAACUUUUUUGACA